GCAUGCGUGCAUGCGACAGAGUGCGUCGAGGGAGUGGGUGGGGGCCUUGGCAGGCCUCCAGCCACCUUGCCAGUCUCUGCCCAGGGCUUUUCGCGCAGUGGCGAGGAGGGACGCUGAACUGUGGGAUUUGGCGCUCGGCGUCACCCCGCCAGCCCAUCCGUACACGAUCCCCAGGCGAGUCCGUAGCCAUUUUGGCUCAAGGCUGGUCUGACACAGGCCACCCUAGCUUUCAAGCCCGCACGUGCCGGCCCCUGCCCAGGGGACCUCCCGGCAGCUUCGCCCCGGACAAGGAAGGCCGAGCCAUGGCCAUGUCGGCCCAGGACGCUCCGAGGGGCAUGGCCGAGGCGAUGAAGCAGGCCGAGGCAGGCAUGGCGCUCUUCAAGGACAAGGCCGAGGUGCAGGUGGACAAGCCUGCCGCGGAGGCCUUCAAGGCAUCGCACGAGGCCCUGCUGGCAGAGAUGCAGAAGGUCAUCGACUCGCUGACCGGCAAGGACAACAAGAAGGAGCGCACCGCGAAGAGCAAGGAGCUGUCGGAGCUCAAGGUCGACAAGCAGUACAUCGACGCCUGCAAGGUGGCGAAGGGCCUGGAGCCCGUGAGCGGCUUCUUCUCCGUGGCGUCCGCGGGGCCGGAGGAGCCGGCCUCGAAGCCGGCGGCCGCCGAGGCGCCGGCCGAGAGGCUGGACCCCGACGCGAAGAAGGCCGCGAGGCCGGCGAAGAAGGCGGAGAGCGCGGGGCUGAGCCAGGCGGAGAAGAAGGAGCUGGACCAGAUCAAGAGCGACAUCGUGUCGCGCAAGGCCCAGCUGAAGGAGGAGGGGAUGAGCGGCGGCCAGCAGAACAAGGACGCGCAGAUCGUGGCGUGGGUCGCUCGCAUGAACGAGCUCAAGGAGAAGGAGUGCCCGGGGAGCACGCAGAAGCCCGACAAGAAGGAGGAGAAGAAGAAGAAGACCCUUGGCUCCGACAUGCAGAAGGCGGCGGACGCGCUGAGGCAGGAGAUCGACGAGUACAAGACCAAGCUCAAGUCGGAGUUCGGCUACUCCAACAAGGAAAUCAAGGCCGACCCCGAUCUGGCAGACAUGGAGGCGAGGCUGCAGGCGAUCGAGAAGUAGCGCGGCACGGUGGCGACUGGGGCCGUGGUGUUUACGUUGCGGGCUCAUUCUUUCAAGUGCAUAACAAACGAAUAGUUCGGUAUCGCAAUGCGUCCAACUUGCCCUGCGAUUGUACAUUGUCCCUCCCGCGGGAGGAAGCGCACGGUUUUAGUUUAACCGACAGCCCUGCUCGUUUCAAGCCUGGGCGACGGGCAACGCGAUUCCCGUCUCCCGGCACCUGCUAGCAGCCAGUUUCAAGUACGCACGGCUGUAAGCGCGACACUCCCUUUUUUGGUGAGCGUGCGUCGCAAAAA